UCAUCUGUUGAUCUAUCGGUUCUUCAAUCAGCAAACAUUUCCUGAGUGUCCCAGGUUUGACACUGCACUGGGAGUCCCGUCACCUCAAGGAACCAGAGACAAAGCCUCCAACUCUGAUCAAACUCAGGCAGAGCAGACCUGGGAGUCUGGGGGUGGUGGUGGCCAGGGACACAGUGUCCAUGUCCCCAACUCCUCCAGCACUGAACUGUUUACAAAGCAUCUACCCCAAGUACCUGCUGGCAUCCCUGUCACCCACCCCACCUGGCUCCUGUCCACAAGUGAGUGGUCCCCACAUAACCCUAAAUCAUGCCCUUUUGCCUGCCCACUGCCUCUGCCUCCCUCAGCUCUCCCUGGAUCCACUGGGACCCCAGGGGCCCAAGGACCUGGAGGAAGAGGAGGGUGCGUGGGGAGGGGGCUCCGGCCUGCCUCCCCCCAGCUGCUUCCCGGGCUCCUGGUGCCACGACGUGGGCCUGGACUGCGAGGGUGCCCCCGAGGGCCCCGAGGCACGGGCCUGGACUUUGCACAACUACCGCCUCCUGCAGAGCUGUUUGCAGCAAGCGGGCCUGCCGGAGACCCAGCACCGCUGCCAGGCGCCCCGCACAGGCUACCCUGGGGCAGAGGUGACCUUGUGCAUUCUGGGGUCCCCCAGCACCUUUCUGCCUGUGCUGCUGGAGGGGGGUGCCCAGAGCCCUGGAAACAUGCUCCUCUGUCUGUCCCCUGCGUGGCUGACCAAGGUGCUGACGCCGGGACAGCCCGGCGAGGUGACCCUGCAGGUGUCCAAAGCUGUGAGCUUCCACCCGGGGGGGCUGACGUUUCUGGACGACUUUUUGCCCCCGCGUCAUGCCACCUACUUCUUACCGGGCCUGGAGCCAGGGCCCGGCCGGGCUCAGGAGGCCGCAGAGCUGGCCCGGGACCUGAGCUGCCCCACAGGCGCGUCAGCUGAGCUGGCCCGGCUGCUGGAGGACCGGCUGCUGGCAAGGUGGCUGCUGGCCCAGCAGGAGGGCGUGGUGGUGCCAGCCACCCUGGCUUUCACCUACAAGCCGCCAGCCCUGCUGCAGGGCAGUGCUGCCAGCCCCAGCCUAAAGUUGGUGACACUGAGUGGCCAAGAGGGCCGGGAGAUGCUGGUGAAGGAGGAAGUUGGCGCCUUCCUGUGCUCCGAGGCCCUGGGGGAUGCCCUGCAGGUGGCCGUGAAGCUCAGUGGCUGGCGCUGGCGUGGCCGGCAGCCCCUCCGCCUCUACCCCAGGGCCGAGCUGGGCCCCAUAGUGGACACAGUGCUGGCCUUGCUGGAGAAGACAGAGGAGGAGGAGAGCGUGCUGGUGGAGGCCAUGUGCCCACCGGCCCACCUGCCCUGCAGCUCCCCGCCAGGGCCAGGCCCGGAGCUGGCUUUGCGCAUCUGUGCUGUGGUGUGCCGGACGCAGGGCGACAGGCCCGUGCUGAGCAAGCUGGUGGGCAGCGUGGGCCGCGCGGACCGGCCCCCGGGACACCGAGACGGCCUGCCGCGGACGCUGGAGGCGGCGCUGGGCCAGUGCGGCCUGGGCGAGGCGGCGGCGGCGGCGGCCGUGCGGCGGCGCGUGGAGGCGGCGGCGGCGGCGGCGCUGGCGGCCGUGCAGCGCCUGGAGGCCGGGCUGAGCGCGGAGCGGCGGGGCGGGCGGCGCGUGCACACCGACGUGCUGGGCGUGGACUUCGCGCUGACGGCGGCCGGCCGCUCGCUGAGGCCCGUGGCGCUGGCGCUGGCGCCGGGCGGGGGCCCGUGCCUGGCGGCGUGCGGCGCGCUCGAGGCGCUGUGGGCGGCGCGGCGGGGCGCGGCGGAGGAGGCGGCGGCGGCGGCGCCGCUCGUGGAGACGAUGCUGCGGCGCUCGGCGCGCGGCCUCAUGCGGGGCAAGCAGCUGCUGCUCGUGGGCGCCGGCGGGGCCAGCAAGAGCUUCGUGUGGGACGCGGCGCGCGACUACGGGCUCAAGCUGCACCUGGUGGACUCCAAUCCCAACCACUUUGCGUCCGGGUUGGUGGAAACCUUCAUCCACUUCGAUGUGACAGAACACAGAAAAGACGAGGAGAACGCUCGGCUGCUGGCGGAGCUGGUGCGGGCCCGGGGCCUGCAGCUCGACGGCUGCUUCUCCUAUUGGGACGACUGCCUGGUGCUUACGGCUCUGCUGUGCCAGGAGCUGGGUCUGCCCAGCAGCCCGCCGGGUGCCAUGUGCCUGGCCAAGCAGAAGAGCCGCACCCAGCUGCAUCUGCUGCAAUGCCGCGGCCCACCCUGGCCUGCGCCCUCCCUCCACGCGGUGCCCUGCUGCCCGCUGGCCAGCGAGGCUGACCUGGAACGGGCCGUCCACCAGGUGCCCCUGCCAGGUGUCAUGAAGCUGGAGUUUGGUGCGGGUGCUGUGGGCGUGAGGCUAGUGGACGAUGCGGCCCAGUGCCACGAGCACUUCUCCCGGAUCGCCAGGGACCUUCAGGGCGAGGCGGACCACCCUGGCAUCGGGCUGGGCUGGGGCAAUUCCAUGCUAUUGAUGGAGUUUGUCGAGGGCACAGAACACGAUGUGGACCUGGUGGUGUUCGGCGGGCGGCUGCUGACGGCCUUCGUCUCGGACAACGGCCCCACGCGGCUGCCAGGCUUCACCGAGACGGCGGCCCGCAUGCCCACGGGGCUGGCACCCGAGCAGGAGGCCCAGCUGGUGCAGGCGGCCUUCCGCUGCUGCCUGGGCUGCGGCCUGCUGGACGGGGUCUUCAACGUGGAGCUCAAGCUGACCUGGGCCGGGCCGCGGCUCAUCGAGAUCAACCCCCGCAUGGGCGGCUUCUACCUGCGGGACUGGAUCCUGGAGCUCUACGGCGUGGACCUGCUGCUGGCCGCCGCGAUGGUGGCCUGCGGCCUGCGGCCUGCCGUGCCCACCCGUCCACGAGCCCGCGGCCAUCUGGUGGGCGUCAUGUGUGUGGUGUCCCAGAACCUGCAGGCGCUGACUUCCAGUGCCAGCCGUGAGAGCCUGCAGGCCAUGCACGACCGGGGCCUGCUGCGUCUCAACCUGCUGGAGGAGUCGCUGGUGCCCGGGGAAUACGAAGAGCCUUACUGCAGUGUGGCCUGCGCGGGGUCCAGUCCGGCCGAGGCCCGGCACCGCCUGCUUGGACUCUGCCAGGGCCUGGGCAUCGAUGGGCCCCACUACCCUGUAGCUUACUUCCUGUCCCACUUCCAGUAGUGGGCUGCAGCCAGGAGGCAAGACGGGGGCCCUCGCUCCUCCCCUAUCUCUCUGGCCCAGCCUGGGUGGGGUUUAUCAGGAUAACACAGAUGGCAGCAGCAUUUUGGCGUCUGGACUUGAGGGCCAUGGCAGAAACCAAGCGGAGACCACAGGGCCUAUAACCAUCACCAAGGCCCCACAGUUGCCCUAGGACUUGGGCUGUAGAAAAGUGCCUGUAGCCCCCAGCUAAUCCCCUAG